ACCCAGCGGAAGUAAACAGUAGCAGCUAGCAGCGUUAGCUGGCUGUGUGUAAUGAAUGAAGUGAAGACGGUACUGAGUCACAGCGCAGCUCAUUAUUGAACGAGUAAUUAAAGAAGAAUGAGUUCAGUUGAGAGUUUGAGAGAGUUUGUCAACGAGCGACUAACUGCUGCUGCUGAAGAAAUAUUCAGAGUUUUUAAAACAACUAUCGUCCAGUACGAGGAAGAGAUCGAUCGGCAGCGCGUCAUGCUGGAUAUCUGCUGGAAACCCCAAGUAAAGUUACACAGGAUAGAGCUCCCACAGCAACAUGUCUGUAAGGAGGAGGAGGUUCUGGCUGACCAGCAGCUCUGUAACCAGGAGAGGAACUCCAGUCUGGACCAAGAGGACCCAGAGCCUCCAGAGAUUAAAGAGGAACAGGAGGAACUCUGCACCAGUCGGGAGGGAGAGCAGCUUGUACUGAAGGUGGAGACGGAAACCGUCAUGUUGACUCCAGCUUAUGAGGAAAGUGACCACAGUGAAGCAGAACCAACAAGUGACCACCAGCUCCUCUCUAACGACUCUCAUGUAGCUGAGAGCCGAGACCAGAAAGGAGGAAAACAUGGAGACUCGGGAUCAGCUGGAGAUGGAGAGCGAAAACAAAAGGGAAGACGUCACAGAGGCAAAAGUGAUGAUGCAAACAACUCUAAUUUCUCAGAGAUUAACUAUGAUACUCACCCAGGUAAAAAGUCUGUCAUAUGUGGCAUAUGUGGAAAGACUUUUAAGUAUAAGUCCAAAUUGAAUACACACCUGAGGAGCCACACUGGCGAGAAGCCAUAUUCUUGCAACACCUGUGGAAAAAGAUUCAGUCAGACAUCGAUAUUGACCGCCCAUACAAGAAUCCACACCGGGGAGAAGCCGUAUUCUUGUGAAAUAUGUAGGGAAGAUUUCAGAUUUAGCAGUGGCUUGAAAGUCCACAUGAGGACCCACACAGGUGAGAAGCCGUACCCCUGCAACAUAUGUGGGAAAAGAUUCAGUCAGGCAUCAGAUUUGAAAAAUCAUGCAAGGACCCAUUCUAGUGAGAGGCAGUACUCCUGCGACACCUGUGGUAAAACUUUCAGUCAUGCAAAGGUGUUGAGCUCCCACAUUCGAAUCCACACAGGUGAGAAGCCAUAUUCUUGCAAAACCUGUGGGAAAGAUUUUACAUUCAGCAGUGCCUUGAAAGUCCACAUGAGAAGGAGCCAUACAGGUGAGAGGCCUUACGUUUGCAAGACCUGCGAGAAAAGAUUCAUUGACAUGUCAAAAUUACAAGUACACUUGAGAAUCCACACAGGUGAGAGGCCGUACGUUUGCAAGACCUGUGGAAAGAGUUUCAUUGAAAUGUCAAGAUUGAAUGUCCACAUGAGAAUCCACACAGGCGAGAAGCCACACGUUUGCAAGGUUUGCGGGGAAAGAUUCAUUGAAUUGGCAAAACUGAAUGUCCACAUGAGAGUUCACACAGGUGAGAAGCCCUUUACAUGCAAAACUUGUGGGAAAGAUUUCAGGUUUAGCGGUGACUUAACAGUCCACAUGAGAAGAGCCCACACAGGUGAGAAGCCCUACCUUUGCACAACCUGCGGGAAAAGAUUCUAUGAUUCGUCUCAUUUGGCAAGACAUGUGAGAACACAUGCGGGAUAGUAGCCUCGUCUCAGCAAAAUAUGUGAGAGCUGAUUCAGAUCUAGUGUUUCAUGGACACGACUCUCAGAGAACCCACAGACCCUUGACACACACCAUCUACCAGACACUGCGACAGAUUGAGUACAUCCCCAGUGGCAGUGGCCUCCCCCAACAAUGCACCCGGCGACACAAUCAAAACUGCUUUGGUACAACUCCAGGAGUGUGACAAUGGGCUCAAGCUGUCGACCUGGCCUCAAAAUCCCCCAGAUCCUAAUCUGAUUGAGCAACUGUUGGAUGUGCUGGACAAAGUCCAGUCUCGGGAGGCCCUAUGUUGCAAGUUGCAGGACUCAAAUGAGGGCAUCAUUCCCUCCAAGGAUGCCCUCCAUGGACUGAUCCACUGAGUACUCCAGCUUGCGAGGUAGGGCAUCUAUAAGUUAGUUCUGGAACAUCCCAUGGAUGAGCUCUGGCCAGGUGGAUACCUUGAUCACUUUUUUCUGUACUAUCCUGCAAGGAACCCACAGCCAGUGAGGAAUGCCACUGCCAUGAGGGGGGAUGUGUUUGGAUGGAUGGUUUGUGUAAAGCAGCAUCAAUAUGAAGGCCAGGACCUUCUUAUUCUGAUGUUUAGGCUGAUCGGUGUAGACAGCAUUUUUAUCCAAGAAAUUAUUCAUUUGAAUUGUAAUUGCUAAUAAAGGGAUAGCAUUAUUUCACCAAAAGAAAUUACACAGCAGUGAAUAGCUACUUGCCACAGCAAACUCAACAGUUAGCUUGUUGUAGUGACCAAGAUGGAUUUGGACCUGGGGCACAGCAAUGGCAGGACUACGCCAUGGGGCUGAUGGAGAGCUGUGCUCAGAUGUCCGGGCCGGACUCACCCAGGACUGGAUCCCAGUGAGGCUGAUGGACCACUGAAUGAGCUGCAAUGCAUGGAGGAUGUUCACUUUACAUUUCUACUGUAGACAUUUGAAAAUAACUCAAGCAAUUGCCUUGAUGGAACUAUAUUUAGGUAUAAUAAUAAACUUAUUUUCCUUGGCCAUUUAAUUUAUAUUCCAAUGUUAGCAAUGCACUUUAGCAGAGGACUUUGACUGAUAAUCUUUUCGCUCCUCUCGUGAAAGAGGCAAAAUGGAUAUCUACAACCUGCUGGACAAUGAUUUUGAUGGAAGACUGGAUGAACAGCAACUUUGAGGUGCAGGAGGACACAGGCUGGUCGCUGGUCCUAGAACUGCAGAUGGUGCCAUUGAGGGUGAGUGGUUAAAGCAAACAUGUGACAGUUUGACCAGUUUGUGUAUUGUUUCAAUUAAACAUGCCUGUGUUUUGUUUUGCUGUCACUCAGUUGCCAGUUCAUGAGGUGGCUGAAUCUUAUGUAGCUCAAUACGACAGCUGUGCAAUAAUUCCCACUGACUUGUAUUUGUUAUUCUGAGAGUUUCUAUAAUGUUCUCUCCAUUCCAUUUCUGUCAGUGAGGGUGUACUUAGCAAUAUUAGCAAUCCUUCUGAACCAUAUAAACAAUCAGGCUGUGCUCACUCCCAACACGACUUCUCCAACAGCUUGGUCAGUCUGAUGCUGUGGUACAAACUGGGUCACUAACAGGACUUUACUUUUGGAGACCAGGGUUCGUGACCCGUUUGUGACCAAGAGCCAAGAGUGAUUUAUUUUUAAUUUUAAGUGAAUAAAGUUAGGCUUCAUAAAUGACAUCACUGAUGUCACGUACAUUAUGUCAGUGACUUCAUGUAUGUUAAAUGAGUCUAACUGGACAUUUUGUAUUACUAAUUGUUGCUAACUUGAGCACAGAGCCUUUUUUCAGAAGUGUAGAGCCUCACGAUUUGAAGCUUAAGGGCACUGACCAAGCUGCUGAGUUUGAAAAAUGUGUUGAAAUGUAUUUAUUUAAGUGAUUUAUAACCUACUGUAAAGUAGGUUUAUUGAAUUGAACUCAUAAAUUGGCACCUUUUGAUGUAUGUUAUUGUUGUUAUUCAUGCUCUAGUUUGUUAUAAUUUAUAUGUUGUAUAUCUACACCCAUGAUAAAAACUAAUAUCUACUGCAUUAGGCCUGUGUGGUUAAUCUGCAAACAACAUGGUUUAAUAAUAUUAAGUUGUUAAAUCUAUAACGUACAGAGAAGCCAACUAGUGUGAAAUAACAUGGCUUGUUGGAUUGAACCAGACACUGAUUCAUAGUUUCUACAAAUGUUCGACCUGUCGAUAAUGUUCUCUCUGAGGUAAAUGAGAGGAUUGUGUUUUCUGUCAUUUAUGUUUUUAAAAGUAAUUUUACAUUUUUUAUUUAUUUUCCAGUCGCAUUAGCGUGAUCACACUUCAUGCAACACAACACAAACUUUAGAUGAUGCACUUCAUGUUGUGGUCAAAGAAUUUGAACAAUUAAACUAUCUGUUUUUUAUUGGCAGACUGAUUGAUGGAUUGGGGGAUUUCAGUAACUGCAAGCAAUAACAACCCAAGCGUUACUAAAGUCCUAAAGGGGGCACUUUUCAUGUCAAAGCUCACAAAGUGGUGUUUUUUAAUCUCAUGUAUAUUUAACCAGAAAUCUUUUCAAAUUUGAUGAUGUAAAACUAACAUCAUCACCCUGAAGUCUAAAGAUAACUAAAUCUUUUCAUCAAGUCUGGAGACGGGACUGACAUGAAGAGUAGAAGAAUGAAAAGAAUUGUUUUUACUAUGUAAAUAACUUGCACGAGGUGUUUUAAUGUUGUGAAGUGAAGGAACAAUUUGUUACUGUCAGUCUGAUGAGGGGAAGUAUUGAACAAGUGUAUAUUGCAGUGUAACCACAAGUAUUUAAGUACCACAUUUUAAAGGUCUUCACUGGUCCGAAUGUUUGUGUCAGUCCAAAAAUACCCAGAAGUGUUUCACCCUGAACUGAACUGGACCUGUCAGUUAGUUGAAAGCUGGGACUGGACCCACGCAGAAAUGAGAAUUAUGGAUCCAACUCGGUCCCAAUUGACCAUAUAACACCUACUUAUUUGUCACCUUACAUCAGUGGUCGGGUUUCUGUCUUGAUAAUCUUCUGUGUGCAUAUAAAACAGGAACAUUAGCCUCUCUUUUUGCUGUCCAUUAGUAAAGAAAUGCAUCUCCUGGUUCAGGUCUGGGUGGACCUUUGAAGACCUCUAUGUACUUAUGUAUAACAUUCAUUUUCCUGAGAUGGCCAAGAUAACUUGUUAAAAUCUGUCUUACAAUAUUGUUUGAAUUUAUGCAUUGACGUGUAGUUGACCUGAGACGUUACAGCGCCUGUGACACUCAUAUUUUAUGUUGGUGUGUGAUGUUCUGAGUGACGUCUGGUGCUGUGAUGAUACAUUCUGUACCAAGCUGGGUGGAUCUAAUGUUUUUAACCUUCUCUGAUAUCAGAUCUGUGUUUUAAUAAACUUAAUAUUCAAGUACAGACUAGA